ACAUGAUAAUUAUAUAAUUCAAAAUAUAUAUGAUUGCAUACAACACUAAGGCCCAAAACAACCUGCUGCUAGUAUAGGUCAAUAUUAUACUCUUCCAUCUUACCAGUAAUCAAACUUUUCUUUAGGGAGCAGUAUUCAAAUUUCAUAUGCCAUCUUAAGUCUUUAAAAUAAAUUCAUAAAAUAAUCAGAAAAAUAAAAGAAGCAGCAGCUAUGUAUCAGAAUUGAAGAAUAUUUGGUUGUUUUGGUUCCAAAGAAUAUCCUUUCUUUCCAAUGAAAUCCAACAUGCCCAAAACCACAAACUAAAUUCUCCUCAGCUUUUUGUUACUUUUUUCUAAGGAAAGAAAAUUAAACCAAAUUCUCUACUUGUCUUUAGCUUGUGGUCAUUGUUCUUUCUUGGAAUAUGGUUCAGAGAAAGGUUCCCGAUAAGCUUGGAAUCCAAGCUGAUCGUUCAAUGAACCAUGAUCAGAAGCUAUUGAUGAGCUUGGGAAAAACUUUUUCGUCUCAAUACCAAGAUGGGAAAAGAAGAGGACCUGACUUGAAGACAAAAAUGAUGAAGAAAUCAAAAUCUUUCAAGCUUUCUGAUUUUGAUCAUCACAGCAUGAAAUCUUCAUCAACUUCAACUUUGAUCAUUAAACAAGUCGACAUAUGCCAUCCAGGAAAGCCUCCAACACAACACAAGCAGCCGACAACAAUCAAGACUGGAUAUGGCUCCCCUAAUUAUAUGAAGUCCACUAGCUGUUUUGAUGCCAGAAAAGAGCAACAAUCUCAGGUGAGUCUUAGGAACUCAAGUACCUCGAAAGUUGUUAGUUCAGUUUCUAAUACCAAAAAACCUGGAAAAACUUCAAAUAAAGCAUUAUCAAGCUCAUCAAAGCUUGUUAGGACUUUAACAAAGACUCCUAGUUUUAAGCACUCAAGACCAACUUCUGCCAAGAGAAAAUCUUCCAGGGUUGCCCUUUGUACUGCUGAAGAUGAUGUCAAUGUUGAGAGACCAACUUGUUCUUCAACUCUCAAGGACUCCAAGUUUCCUACUCAUCUGACUCUUGCUCCUGGAGGAACUGAGUCCGAUGGAACCUCUAUCAUGAAGGUUUGCCCAUAUACGUAUUGCUCACUAAAUGGACAUCUUCAUACUCCUUUGCCUCCAUUGAAGUGUUUCUUGUCAGCUAGAAGACGUUCCUUGAAGACACAGAAGAACAUGAAAGUUCAAGUUUUGAGCCCAAGAAAGGGGAGAAAGUUACCAUCUGAGGAGGAAGUGAGUAUUGAGAAUAGAGAGGCUGCAGAGAAUGUAGGGAUUGAUUUCUUUAUAGAAAUCUAUCCUAUGACUAAGGAAGAUGAUGUAGAGAAGAAUGAUUUUGUAUUAGCUUGUUCAAAAGGUGGAACUGAAGAAGCAGCGAAAGGAGAAUUUGAAGCAAGAGAUGGUUAUUUUGAAGAGCAAGUUGUUGUUGAGAUCUUGUCUGACGGAUCACCACAGUCUGAGAUUGACACGGAUGAAUCUCUGGGAAUGGCAGAAAUCUUUUCUGAAGGAGGAAAUUAUUAUGAAGACAGAGAUUACUCUUCAAUGUCGGAACAAGAAGAGACUGAAGGAAUGUACUCAAGUGAAAAUGCCUCUGAAAUUACUGAUAUGGAGUGGGAAGAGGGAAAAUUUUCCGACGCAGAUCUUGAAGAUGAUGCCGAUAACUCAUCAAAAAUUAUUACUACCUGCGAUGUUAAUAUGAUUCACGACUAUGAAUUGGAUGUCGGUAAAGAGAAAACUGAAUGUUUUGAAGUACUUGCUGAAGAGAACGUUACAGAGCAAGAUAUGGAGAUUCAAGAAUUUGGGACUGAAGAUUCAGAUCAACUUUCUUACACCGACGAAGUGUAUAAAGAUUUAUACGAAAAAGAAGAAACUUUUGGAGAAGGUGGCGACCCAGAUUCUAUGCACAACAACAUUUUCAUGGCUGCAACAUCAACAAUGAGACUCAAAGCAGAUGAAGCAGAAAAGAUGAUCAAUCAUGAUGAGCUGACAGAUAAAGAUUCUUGUGACAAUCCUAAAGAUGAAUCAAAGGAGGAGGAAACAAAGGGAGGGAAAAAUGGAAUUCAUAAGACAGAGAAAGAGAGUGAUUUACUUGAAGAACAACAAGUGUUUGACGAAAUCUCAACACUAGAUUCACCUACUGAACACAUUGAAGAAAGGAUCAAGUCAGGUAAGUUGGAGCAAGAUAUUGAUGAAAACCAGAACACCCAAUUGAAGAGCUUCAAUGAAUAUGAAGAUCAAUGGCAGAAAAAUUCACCAGAGAGGGAGGAAGGUGACAAAAACGAGAAUGCAACCAUGGAAAUGGAAAACAAAACAGAGCAGCAAAAGAAGAAAUCAUCAACAACAUUCUCACGUCUAGGCCAAUUGAAAGACGAACAAGAAGAACUCCGCAACUUGUGUACCAGGUCCAGAAGAGGAGUCAAAGAUUUGGAGGUAGAAACGACAAGAGAAUUCAACCCAAAAGAACCAAAUUAUCUACCGGUUGUGGCAGACCCGGAAAGAGAGAAAGUUCAUUUGAAGCACCAGAUGAUGGACGAGAGCAAAAACUCAGAGCAAUGGAUGAUCGACUAUGCACUCCAACAAGCUGUGACCAAGCUCGCCCCAGCAAGGAAGAGGAAGGUCGCUUUGCUUGUCGAAGCUUUCGAAGCUGUCACUCCAGAAACGCACCACCAUCACCAUCACCACCGUCACCCUACUUCGCCUGUGUUUCCACAUAAUGCCAUAAGAUUAAGACCCCUCCAAGCUUGCAGUUGAUCAUGAUGAUUGAGGAGAAAAAGUGAGAACCUCAUGGGUGAAAACAUUGAUUGUUUUCAAACAGUGAAGAGGGUGGAAAUGAGAUUCCAACUUUAGUAGAAUAUGGUUUGUUUUUAAAGUUAAGGGUAAUUUCUUUUAUAGAAUAUUUAUAUGAAUGACAUUAUGAUAUAUGAUAUGGUUGCAACUUAUAUGAUAUGUAAUGGGCAAAUUCUUAGACCUUAAAAACAAUUUAUUUUAUUUCGUUAUGGUGUCGUGAUUUGUAACAUCAGCAUCGCACAGGUGACUGUAUUGUAUAUAUACAUAUCGGCUCAUAUAUAUAAUGUGAGAAUCGUACUUUCUGGUUUGUUA